AUGGCGCCAAGUAACCAGAGCCCUGGCAAUGAAGAGAACGCUCCGCCCAAUCAGAUUCCCCUUCAAGAUCUCUCGAAACCAGGAGAUGCAGCCUACGACCGGGGGCGAAGCCCGCGCGGCAGCCUCUUCUCGCGACCAUCGAUGAUGGGAAGGGGAUCGCGGAGGACAUAUGAAAGUGUCGCUGAGGAGUCUCCUAUUGAUUCGGCUGGACCGAGCAGGAAUCCCUUCCGACCAACACAAGGCCAUGCGGAGAUUGCCUCGCCGCUCGACGACGUGGGCGGAUUCGCGCAAGCCAUGUCCUCGGUUGGCCUGAACUUCGAUGGACCACAAUCAAGAGCUUCAAUGUCCGGUCCCUCGGGAAGUCGUGGGUUUGACGACUCUGCUUCCGAUCUCGAUGUUGUGCCUCUAGACCCUUACGACCCCCACGAUCCCCACGAAUACCAUAUACCCGCGGACAAUGAUGAUGAUAGGGCUGGCCUGACAGAUCCUCGAUAUCUGCAGCCGAUCAGCGGAGCCGCGGGCACGGAGGGACGGCGGAGCAGCGACACUGGUGGUCACUCUCUUCAGUUCGGCGGUUCCCGGCUAGGUGACGAUCUGCCUCACCUGGAGGACGGGUUGGGAAGUCGUCGUGGCAGCAGUGUUCGUGACCGGUCACGCUCGCUGUCUCCUUCUGCAUCUGGAGGAGCUUUGCAGCGCGCUAGCUCCAUGGUGAAGUCCAUGUCGCAGCGUGUGGUCAACUUGAGUAAUGAGCCGGAAGUUGUACAGCAAUCAAUUGAGAGGGAAGAACUCAAUAAGAAUGCCCGAAUGGAUGGGCCUCCGGUUCUGCCUGCAAUGGUAGACUUUGAAGACGUUCUUCCAGAGGAGACAACUCAAUCCACCACAGAGAAGCGUGCCUCAAGCAGACUAUGGAAAAAUCGCAAUAAUCCGUUCAGAGGCAGGUCACUCGGACUAUUCGGACCAGACCAUCCCCUUCGACUCUGGCUGUGUGAUAUCCUUGUUCAUUCGUUCAUGGAGCCCUUCAUUUUGAUUGUCAUCGUUAUCCAGACCAUCUUGUUGACCGUUGAAGACGCGCUUCCCAAUUACCCCGAUUCAGUGAGAUGGGGAAGCAGCAAACUUGAUUACGUUUUCCUUGUCAUUUUCAUCAUAUAUACCUUUGAGAUAGUCGCCAAAAUUCUGGUGUCUGGACUUAUCUUCAACCCCGUCGAGUACAGUACAUUGAAUCGCACUCUCGGCGUCAGGAAAGCCAUAGCGGAGAAGGGCAAGAACCUGAUCACUCCGCAUCGACAGGCUACUACUAAGAAAGCAUCCAUGCUACCGGUCGAACCGCAAACCUCGAUUCUGCGAUCAUUCACCGGAAUGAAUGGACUAGAUCCUGAAGUCUACGAUGACCCAUUACAUAAACGCCGCGUUAGGCUUGCCCAUCGUGCGUUUCUCCGACACUCUUUUAAUCGCCUGGAUUUUGUAGCAGUGAUUGCUUUUUGGACUUCUUUUAUCCUCGCUCUUUCUGGCGUGGAGAAAACUCGUCAACUGUACAUUUUCCGCAUGCUUAGCUGCCUUCGUAUCUUACGUUUACUUGCCAUGACCAAUGGUACUUCGGUUAUUCUUCGAAGUCUCAAGAGAGCAGCUCCUCUGCUUGUACACGUUGCCUUUUUGAUUGGCUUUUUCUGGCUUCUAUUUGCCAUCAUUGGCAUACAGAGCUUCAAAUCUAGCUUCCGGAGAACUUGUGUUUGGAUCGACCCCGAAGGAAAAAAUAAUUUCACAUUAAAUAAUGCAUGGGAUACACUACAAUUCUGCGGUGGAUACAUCAGCAACACGACUGGAGAAAAGAUGCCGUGGCUUGACUCAACCGGAUUGAACUCAGGAUUCAGCCCCAAAGGAUACCUUUGUCCACCGGGGUCUUUAUGCAUAGAAGGCGACAAUCCGUACAAGGGAACAUUUGGCUUCGACAACAUCCUUCACUCAUUGGAAAUGGUAUUUGUUAUCAUGAGUUCCAAUACAUUCACUGAUCUGCUGUACUACACCACCGACAGUGACUACCUCGCGGCAGCUCUAUUUUUUGCAUGCGGUCUUGUCAUUUUGAGUCUAUGGCUGGUGAAUUUGCUUGUCGCUGUUAUUACUCACUCGUUCCAGGUGAUCCGAGAAGAGAGCAAGCGCAGUGCCUUUGCUGUUCAACAAAUUGAUGCUGUCGAGGAAGAUGAGACAGUAACUCGAAAAAUCAGCCCUCUCAAGCGAAUCUAUGACCAAACCGAAUGGAUCUGGGUCUUGUUCAUCAUUUUGGACCUCAUUUCACAAGCGCUGAGAAGUUCGACCAUGUCCGCCCGCCGUGCGCAGGUCAUCGAUACCACUGAGACUGUGGUCACUCUGCUUUUCCUGGUCGAGAUUAUCCUACGUUUUGCCUCAGAUUGGCGAGUAUUUCAUCACAGGCGCCGCAAUUUGACAGAUCUUCUCCUUGUCAUAAUAACCUGCAUCAUUCAAUUGCCGCCUAUUCACAACUCAGGCCGCGCAUAUACAGUUCUUACUCUAUUUCAGAUAUUACGGGUCUACCGGGUUGUCCUGGCAUUUCCUGUGACAAGAAAGCUGAUCAUGGUUGUCUUUCGUAACACCGUCGGUCUGCUUAACCUUAUCUUGUUCCUCUUCUUGAUGACUUUUCUCGCUGCAAUCUUCGCAACCCAGCUGUUCCGAAGCCAGAUACCAUCCGAAGAUGAAGGCGGUAACACGAUCAUGAUCACAUUUGGAAACAUUUACAACUCGUUUUUGGGAAUGUACCAAAUCCUCUCAAGUGAGAAUUGGACAACCAUCCUCUAUAACGCCACUGCAUACACGACCGACUUCAAUACAGCAUGGAUUUCAGCGGCGUUUAUCAUCUUGUGGUUCAUCGUUGCGAAUUUCAUUGUCCUAAACAUGUUCAUUGCUGUCAUUCAAGAGAGUUUCGACGUGUCAGAGGAUGAGAAACGGCUGCACCAGGUCAGAGCAUUCCUGGAACAGAAACAAGUUCACGGAGCACCCCAAGGAACCUUGGCUCUUUCAAAGAUCUUCCGCUUCGGUCGAGAUUCAGCCCGGUAUAAGGAUCCACUUGAUCACGGUCCCGCGGCGUUGGAAAUGUUACUCAAGGAUGCUGUGGUGCAGGAGUUUUUGGACGAAGAGGAAGGCAAGCAAGACGAACAACCAAAAGGCACACGAAGGGAUAGCACAUUGCACGACAACCGGGCUCAGGAUACUGUUCAACCCGGUUGGAUCUCACUUAUGUGGACCAAGGCCUCCACCCUCGUUAUGCGUCGAGAGCCGAACCCUUUCUAUUCAAAGUUGAAGUUCUCCAGGGCCUAUGAGGAGCUGGACCCAAGAACCAUGGCAAGAGAAGUCGUCACUGCGGCGGAACAGAGAAAGCGGGACCAGCGCGAGUUUUUAGUCAAGCAUCCCAACUACAACAAAUCGCUCUUCCUUUUCUCUCCGAACCAUCCUGUUCGGAAGUUGUGCCAACGCAUUGUUGGCCCCGGACGUGGUCACCAACGAGUGGAGGGCGUCGAUCCUUACAAACCGUUGUGGUAUGCCUUUUCGGCAUUCAUCUACGCAGCAAUUGUCGCAAUGGUUCUUCUUGCUUGCAUCACAACGCCACUAUACCAGCGGGAGUACUUCCGCACUAAUCGCAAUUGGUUCGUCUAUACAGAUUUAGGCUUUGCCGUUGUGUUUUCUGUCGAAGCGACAAUCAAGGUCGUGGCCGAUGGCUUCUUCUGGACGCCGAACGCAUUUUUCCGAAGCUCAUGGGGCUUUAUUGAUGGAAUUGUGUUGAUCACCCUUUGGGUCAGUGUUGGCGGAUCGCUCAGAGAUGACUGGAGUGUCUCCAGAGCGAUUGGUGCCUUCAAAGCACUGAGGGCUCUGCGUCUAUUGAAUGUCAGUGACAGUGCCAAGGACACUUUUCACUCGGUCAUUAUUGUUGGUGGAUGGAAGGUUGUGUCUGCUGCGGCCGUCUCCAUGAGUUUCUUGAUUCCAUUUGCCAUCUAUGGUAUCAACCUCUUCAACGGGCAGAUGAUGAGCUGCAGUGACGGUGAUUUCGCUGGAAACCUGACCAAUUGUGUUGGUGAGUUUGCCAACUCGCCCUACAACUGGGAUGUUCUCUCCCCACGCUCUGUAGACAACGCAUUCUACGACUUUGACAAUUUUGGCGACUCUCUCUUCAUCUUGUUCCAGAUUGUAUCUCAAGAGGGCUGGAUCGAUGUGCAGGAAAGCGCUAUGGGAAUUACUGGAAAGAUGAUGCAACCGCAAGAUAUGAUCGCACCAGAGAACGGAUUGUUCUUCGUUGUAUUCAACUUGCUUGGAGCUGUGUUUGUUUUGACGCUGUUUGUGUCUGUGUUCAUGCGCAACUACACAGAACAGACUGGCGUUGCGUUCUUGACUGCCGAACAACGUUCCUGGUUGGAAUUGCGCAAGCUCUUGCGACAGGUAUCUCCCUCGAAACGCUCAUUCGACGACGAGAGCAAGAAACUGCGGCUCUGGUGCUAUCGAAUUGCAGUCAAAAAGCAUGGCCGAUGGGCGACAUUUGUGACUUUGAUUCUUUGCGUCCACUUGCUUUUGCUAGUGCUGGAGUAUUAUCCCGAGCCUGCUUGGUGGGAACUGGUUCGCAGUAUUAUAUUCUUUGCGUUCAUGUUUGUUUACGCAGGAAAUGUGAUUAUUCGGCUGAUUGGCUUUGGUUGGCAUCGGUUCAGUCGAAGCUCAUGGGAUCUUUAUUCUCUCCUGGCUGUUCCCGGCGCUUUCAGCACUUCUAUCAUGACCAUUGCAUACAAUAAAAGCCAUGUGGUAGUUGAGCUCAACAAGCUCUUCCUCGUGUCGGUUGCUUUGCUGCUUAUACCACGAAAUAACCAGCUUGAUCAGCUCUUCAAGACAGCUGCAGCCAGUCUGUCUGUGAUUGGCAAUCUUCUAGCUACCUGGUUCGUUUUGUUCUUGGUCUAUGGCAUUGCGAUGAAUCAAGCCUUUGGGCUUACCAAAUUCGGCGAAAACGAAGACCACAAUAUCAACUUCCGCGAUGUACCCAAGUCUCUGAUCCUGCUAUUCCGAGCCAGUUGCGGAGAGGGUUGGAACCAACUCAUGGAGGACUUUGCUACUAUGGUCCCACCAUUUUGCACAUACAAUUCAAACUUCCUCGACGAUGACUGUGGAAGUCCGGGAUGGGCCCGAUCCCUCUUCAUCUCGUGGAACUUGAUCAGUAUGUAUAUCUUUGUCUCAUUGUUUGUGUCUCUUAUCUUUGAGAGUUUUUCCUAUGUCUACCAACGGAGUAGCGGGCUGUAUGCUAUCAGUCGCGAGGAAAUCCGCCGAUUUAAGCAGGCCUGGGCCACGUACGACCCAGAUGGAACCGGGUUUAUCACCAAGGAGCAAUUCCCUCGCCUUCUAGGAGAAUUGUCAGGUGUCUUUGCGACACGCAUCUACGAGGGCGAGUUCUCGGUUGGAAGAAUUCUUGACCGGUGCCGAGUCGAGCCUCACAGGAACUCAAUGGUUUCAUUGCAUGAGCCACGGCCGCCUGUUCAACCGACCUCCCGUGUUGCGUCCGGUGUGAAUCUCGACGAGCUCUCUCGAAUCAUAUCACAAAUCCCUGUGCAAACCAUUCGAGCGAGACGUGAGCGGCUGAAUACUUUCUACGAAGAAGUUUUGGUGUCCGCAGAUCCUGAUCGCGGCAUCUCCUUCCACCAGUGCCUGAUGAUUCUCGCCCAUCACAAUGUCAUCAGCGACAGCAAGAGCUUGCGUUUGGAGGAAUUCUUGCGACGCCGGGCACGCUUACAGCGCGUGGAGGAGGCUGUCCGCCGGAACACCGUCGUCGGCUUCUUCGAUACCCUCUACUGGUCUCGCCAAUUCCGCCGCCAAGUGGAACGCAAGAAGUCUGGCCGGAUGAGCGUCAUCCCGACAUUCACCGUGCCCGAGAUCUUUGUCGAUGACCCAGUUGACGACUCUGAUGAGCACGAUGAGCCCGGUUCUGGAGCCAUGACUCCACAAACUCAACCAGAAUUUGAUUCUGUUUUCGCACCCAUGCUCUCGCCGGUCUCCCUUCACCGACGAGCAGAGUCCAGCCCAGCUGCUCGCCACGAUACCUUGCCUCGGAUUGACACCAAUCUGAUUGGGCGGGCGUCUGGGGCCAGCACGCCGACAAGGGAAUGGUCAAGUAUCAGUCCCUCCCGUACUCCGCAACACAUGUAUGGGGAUCGCACCUCCUUCGAAACCCAUGCAUCGCUCGAGGCUUCUUCUGCCACGCGUUCUCGUCAGAAUAGCAUCAUGAAUGUACAGGGAGUCAUGAAUUCGUUGGACAACUCCGCCUGGGGUGAGAGUCUGCGACGAAGUUUCACGCAACGGCGACCGGGCGACCGAUCGUCUGAUUAG